UGUGAGAGAAAAAUACUAUUAGCUAGCUAGUGGUUGGAAGUUGUUCUUAGAGUGAUGUGAAAAGAAAACACUGCUGCCUGAGGCCGCUGGAGAGAACAGGACGAAGAAGCCAGCGGCGAGCCGAGGCAAAACCCAUCUUCCCCCCAAAUUUUUGAUCUCCCUCCUCCCCUCCCCACCAAAUCCGCCGGGCCAAACCCUAGAGGAGCCGACCGGCAUUUCCCCGGCGGCGAGUCGUCGAGCCGGUCGGGGUGCGCCGCCAUGAGCCGCCGCCGGCAGGGCCAGGCGCAGGCGCUCAUCGACCUGGACAGCGACCCUGAGGACGAGUGCGAAAACAAGCGAUCUCGAACAAGUAGAACAACAGCAUUGAAGACGCCUGGGAGAUCCAAACAUGUAUUACCUUCCUUUUACGAUAACCUCCCCCAAAACAGAAGUGCACGCAUUGCAACUAGCAGGCGGGACAAGGCAAAUCAAGACAAGUUGAAUACUGAUAUUUUUGAAUUAUACAUGGAGGAUCUUUGGAAGAACAUUGAUGAAGACAAGAAGAGUGCUUAUGCAUACUUUGAUUCUUUAUGGUUUUACAUGUACUACUGUGGGCAGAAUAUACCCAAUGUCCUGAAAUGGAUAAAGGCUAAGAGAAUAUUUUCAAGGCAAUAUGUUUUUGUUCCUAUUGUUUGUUGUGGACACUGGAGCCUCCUUGUUUUAUGCCACUUUGAUGAGGCAAACUGCUCGGACAUUAAGAAAGGACCACGCAUGAUAGUGCUGGACUCACUUAAGACGGCAGAUCCGACAAGGUUUCAAUCAGCCAUUAGAAAAUUCAUAGUUGACAUUUACGAAACUGAAGAGCGGGAAGAAAGCAAGCAGUUCAUAAACAAAAUUCGCCUCGAGUUUCCCAAGGUGCCACAGCAAAAUGGAGAAGAAUGUGGGAUUUAUGUUCUUUAUUUCAUCCAGUGUUUUCUUCAAAACAAAAAACUGGCAGAAGUUCUUGAAAAUAAAAAAUUGGAAGAAGAUUUCACCCAGCUGCUUGAUGAUGGCUGGUUUAAUCCAGAGGAACUAGAGAACUUCCGCAAGGAUAUCCAUUCAUUCCAAGCGAAUCAGAAUAUCAAAAUUGCAGAGUAGUGUAGAUAGCAAGAUGGUGCCAAGUACAUAAGUUGGUACCAUCAUCCAAUAUCGUAGUAUAUACAAAUUGCUGAGUUUCAUCUUCACUGGUAGCUCAUUGAGGAAUUUGAAUCGAGUUUCGUCUUCCCUGGCGCCAGGCGGCUCAUUGAGGAAAUUUGAACAUUGUUCGAGAAUCUGUUGUAGUUCAGGUUUAUGCAUGGAAGAGGGGACAGGUAUUACCUGGUUCUGCAGACUCUUGGUGUUCCCUUUCCUCAAAGAAGCUUAGAUAUUUCUAGAUUUAUUUGUAUUCAAGCAAUUGAACGUGGUAGCUGUACAUUAUAUCAGGAACUACUAGGUUAGAUUACCCCUUUGGGAUAUAUGUCAGCAGGGGUGCAUUCCAUGUACUAUUGUAUGCAGUAUGUAUUCGCACUCUAGAGGUGGGUAAUACAGUUACAGUCGUGUACUCUGUUGUGCUGAAAUUGUGUCGGUGUUAGGAGAGGAACCCCCAGCUUGUACCACCAGAUGGAGAUCUGGUAUAUUCUGCUGUUACUGUUAUAGAUCAGAGAUCACAUGAGACGUGA